GUGUGCAUAUUGGAAUCCACCCUUGGUCUUGUCUUGACAUGAAUAACAAGCAUUCCCUGUGGAAAGGCAGUCUACUUUUGCAACGUUACUCUGCUUAGAUGAACAAGGUCAUGACUCCCCAGACAGUAGGAGGCCUUUCGGCUCCAGCCAAGCUGACCUCCAGACCCGGCCGUUCUCCUCUGAUCCUCCUCCUCCUCACCGUACUCCUGCUGUCUCUGCCCAGCCUCUCUGGCGCCUCAGAGCCUACAAGAUUCAUUCAGAUUCCUAAAGACCAGAUAGUCGUGUCAGGAGGAACCGCCUCUCUUGUGUGUCAUGCCACAGGUGAACCCAGACCACAGAUCGAGUGGAGAAAAAAAGGAAAGACGAUCAAUUCUCCCCAUACUGAUGUAUAUCAUGAACUUGUUCUUCAGGUCAUAGAGUUUGAUGAGGGUGCAGGAGCUGUGUUGAGGAUCCAGCCUGUGAGAGCCACACGGGAUGAGACCAAGUACUUGUACGAGUGUGUGGCCCGCAACACAGAAAUAGAACUAUCUGUCACCUCUCAACUCACAAUACUUAGUGAGGACAAGCUUCCCCAGGGCUUCCCCACCAUAGAUAUGGGUCCUCAGCUGAAGGUGGUGGAGCCCACACGUACAGCCACCAUGCUGUGUACCGCCAGUGGCGAGCCAGAGCCUGUCAUCACCUGGUUUAAGGACUUCCUGCCAGUCGAUCCCAGUGCCAGUGACGGGCGCAUCACACUGCUGAAAUCAGGUGCUCUGCAGAUUGACAAAGCAGAGGAAAUGGACCAGGGGAAGUACGAGUGUGCAGCAUCCAACUCUCAAGGUGUUCGCUUCUCUGCUCCAGCCAACCUUUAUGUGAGAGACAAUCCAAGAUUCAUCCAGAUUCCCAAAGACCAGAUAGUCGUGUCAGGGGAAACAGUCUCUUUUCUGUGUCAGGCAACAGGUGAACCCAGACCACAGGUUGAGUGGAGGAAAAAUGGAAAGAAAAUCAAUUCUCCCCGUAUUGAAGUCAUAGAGUUUGAUGAGGGUGCAGGAGCUGUGUUGAGGAUUGAGCCUGUGAGAGCCACACGGGAUGAGGCCAACUACGAGUGUGUGGCCCGCAACACAGAAGGAGAAGCAUCUGUCACCAUUAAACUCACAAUACUAACAGACAAUCCAAGAUUCAUCCAGAUUCCCAAAGACCAGAUAGUCGUGUCAGGGGAAACAGUCUCUUUUCUGUGUCAGGCAACAGGUGAACCCAGACCACAGGUUGAGUGGAGGAAAAAUGGAAAGAAAAUCAAUUCUCCCCGUAUUGAAGUCAUAGAGUUUGAUGAGGGUGCAGGAGCUGUGUUGAGGAUCCAGCCUGUGAGAGCCACACGGGAUGAGGCCAACUACGAGUGUGUGGCCCGCAACACAGAAGGAGAAGCAUCUGUCACCAUUAAACUCACAAUACUAACAGACAAUCCAAGAUUCAUCCAGAUUCCCAAAGACCAGAUAGUCGUGUCAGGGGAAACAGUCUCUUUUCUGUGUCAGGCAACAGGUGAACCCAGACCACAGGUUGAGUGGAGGAAAAAUGGAAAGAAAAUCAAUUCUCCCCGUAUUGAAGUCAUAGAGUUUGAUGAGGGUGCAGGAGCUGUGUUGAGGAUCCAGCCUGUGAGAGCCACACGGGAUGAGGCCAACUACGAGUGUGUGGCCCGCAACACAGAAGGAGAAGCAUCUGUCACCAUUAAACUCACAAUACUAACAGAGGACAAGCUUCCCCAGGGCUUCCCAACCAUAGAUAUGGGUCCUCAACUGAAGGUGGUGGAGCGCUCACGUACAGCCACCAUGCUGUGUACCGCCAGUGGCGAGCCAGAGCCUGUCAUCACCUGGUUUAAGGACUUCCUGCCAGUCGAUCCCAGUACAAGUGGCGGACGCAUCACACUGCUGAAAUCAGAUGCUCUGCAGAUUGACAAAGCAGAGGAAAUGGACCAGGGGAAGUACGAGUGUGCAGCAUCCAACUCUCAAGGUGUUCGCUUCUCUGCUCCAGCCAACCUUUAUGUGAGAGAGAACCGCCGUGUGCCCCCUCGCUUCUCCGUCCCCCCCACCAACCACCAGGUCAUGCCAGGAGGAAGUGUCAACCUCACCUGUGUGGCAGUGGGGACGCCAACGCCCUACGUCAAAUGGGUGCUCGGGUCUGUGGAACGGACGCCGAUGUUCUAUUUGACACCGACAUACCCGACGCCUACGGACUCAACGCCACUUGGACAAAGUGUAUUGGAGCUGGAGAAUGUGCAGCAGUCAGCCAACUACACUUGUGUGGCUAUAAGUCCCCUGGGCAUUAUCUCAGCAGAGGCCAAAGUCAUUGUGAAAUGUGUGGAGGAGACAGCAGCUGGACCGUGUACACCGUGAGGACCCUGGCUGUUUUUAUUUGUAAGACUGUGGGGGUGACACCAGUGGCGUUUUUAGCCCAAUAUUACCACAGGGGCCUGACAGGGGCCCACAUGUUUUGAGGGGGGCCCAUGUAUCUUAUAUUCUUCGACCUUACUUUUGCCGAAAUAUCGGCCUUUUUCUAAGCCCAGUAUUGCCUAAAAUACCUGCAAAAACACAUGCUUCAGCAUCUGAAGCACAUACUAAGCAUGUAAUUAAUUGAAUUAAAAGCUGCUUAAUUUUGUAUUAUCACCCAUUCAUUCAGCUCUAACAUACAAACUUUCUUCAUUUACAAAAAUUUUGAAUUUCAUGAGUCUAAAGCUACA